AUGGAUCUGAUGGGAUCACUGGAUAAAAAAUACUGGAGGAACGAAAACCCGGAUAAACUGAAGGGCUGGAUGAGUUAUUCCAUCAUCAAAGAGCAGGCCAUUCCCCAUAACACUCCAACAUCUCCAAACAACAAAACGUCUAUGUACAUAGCGCAAGAGAACGACGGUGACAUAAUGAUAAAGAGGGUGAUGGUGGAGCACGUUGACCCGGAUUCAAGCCCCCUGCACCACGUCAGGGCCCUUGACCUCAUCCUCAACGACCCCAUUCGUCUGAGCAGUGAAGAGACGGCCUAUCCCGUCAGAGCCAUGAAUAUUGAUGGUGAUUGUGUCGUCCAGAAAUGA